AUGGAAAAAUACCAGGUGCCGCGUUGUCCCCUGGCCGGGAGGCGGGAGCGACGAGGGGCCGACGGUCAGGGGCGACCCCAGGACCUGGACCUUCUGCCACCACCCCCAGCCCCCUACUGGUUUAACGGCCACAGCCCCGGGACAGGCAGCCAGCAGCCAGGUCCGACCCCAGGGAGGCAAGGGACCCGUGUUCUGGCCAAGGUCUGCUUCCAGCUCAUUUUGAAUGAGCUGAAUCCUGGGGCCUUGGGGGUGAACCUGGUGGUAGAGGAGACAGAAACGAAAGUAAAGCACGUGAUAAAGCAGGUAAACUGCAUUGAUGAGCAUCACGCCAACACGGCCCUGGAGGAGCUGAUGCCACUGCUGACGCUUCGGCACGCCCACAUCUCCACAUACCAGGAGCUGUUCAUCGUGUGGAAGAGCGAGGUCUCCUCUAUGUUCCUCUGCCUGGUGAUGGAGUACAACAAGGAGAGCUUCCAGGAGGUCAUUGAGAAGAAGAGGGAGGCAAGGACCAUCAUUGACUCUGAGUGGAUGCAGAACAUGCUGGGCCAAGUGUUGGAUGCUUUGGAAUACCUGCAUCAGUUGGACAUCAUCCACAGGAACCUCAAGCCCUCCAACAUCAUCCUUGUCAGCAGCAACCACUGCAAACUGCAGGACCUGAGCUGCAAUGUGCUGAUGACCCACGAAGCCAAGUGGAACAUCCGCGCAGAGGAAGACCCCUUUCACAAGUCCUGGAUGGCCCCUGAAGCCCUCAACUUCUCCUUCAGCCAGAAAUCCGACAUCUGGUCCCUGGGCUGCAUCAUUCUCGACAUGGCCAGCUGCUCCUUCAUGGAUAAAACAGAAGCCGUGCUUCUGCGCAAGUCCAUCCGGAAUCUCCCAGACGGCCUGAGGGGCGUCCUGAGGACCAUGGAGGAGAGGAAGGUCCCCAAUGUGACAACCUUCUCUUCCCUCUUGCCUUUGAUGCUCCAGAUCGACCCCUCAGAGCGAAUAACAGUCAGGGAUGUGAUACACAUCACCUUCGUGAGCAGCGAUUUCAGGUCCUCGAACAUCGCCCUGACACUGCACCAGCAGGUGGUGCCUGCAUCCAUCACUGACAUGCUGUUAGAAGGCACUGUGGCCAGCAUUUUAGAGGUCAUGCAGAACUUCUCCAGCCGACCUGAAGUCCAGCUCAGAGCCAUGACCAGGCUCCUGAGAAUGCCGGACGCUGAGCUAGGUCUGCCAUGGCCAAUUGAGCUGGUGGAGGUGUUGAUCACCAUCAUGAAGCAACAUGAGAGGAUCCUUGACAUACAGCUCUGUGCCUGCUCCCUGCUGCUGCGCUCCCUGGGCCUAGCACUGGCACGGGACCCGGCAGCCGAGGUGCCGAGCGACAGCUCCAUCACGUCCGUCCUGCUGAGCAUCAUGCGCAGCCACCCCAAGGCGGAGCAGCUCCUGCUCAUGGUCUACAGCCUGCUCACCAUCGUCUCCAGCCAGGAAUCAGCCGCAGAGGAGCUGCAGGAGGCUGGGCUGUUUGAGCAUAUCCUGGAGCAUCUGGGCACCCUCCCCAGGAACAGGGACAUCUGCAUCAAUGGCCUGAGCCUGCUCUGGGCCCUGCUGGUGGACGCUGUCAUUGUGAACAAGGCUCCCUUGGAGAAAGCCCCAGUCCUCGUUGCUGAGGUGCUAGCCACCUACCCCACAGAUGCGGAGAUGGCUGAAGCCGGCUGUGCAGUCCUCUGGCUGCUGUCCUUGCUAGGCUGCGUAAAGGAGCACCAGUUUGAAGAGGUGGCAGCGCUGUUCCUGCAAAGCAUCCGGCUGUGCCAGGACAGAGUCCUGCUGGUGAACAAUGCCUACCGGGGCCUGGCCAGCCUGGCAAAGGUGUCUGAGCUGGUGGCGCUGCAGGUGGUGAUGCCCGAGGAGGGCAGCAGUGGCCUCAGCUUCAUCAAGGAGACGUACCAGCUCUACAGGGAUGACCCAGAGGUGGUGGAGAAUGUCUGCAUGCUGCUGGGCCACCUUGCUUCCUACAAGGAGAUCCUGUCCGAGCUGGUGUCCAGCGGCAUCCAGCCCCUGGUCCAAGAGAUCCACAGGCGCUUCACCUCCAGCCUGGAGCUGGUUUCUUACGCAGAAAAGGUGCUCCAGAGGCUGGAGGAGGCCACGCCUCCCAGCCCCAUGGGUGGGCAGUCGGCUUUGCCCUGAGGAGGUAGGCAGCCCAAGGCCUCCCUCCUACUCGCUGCCUUCUUCCCCACCUUCCUUUCCUCCUCAGGGUUGUGGGGUCAGGAAAACUGUCACCCAGGACCAGU